GCUGGUGGGAGGAAGCUGUGUACUAUAUGUGCUAGUGGGAUUGUUGUCUUCUAGUCUAGUCCUUUGCUGCUUGAGUGUCCUUUUUUUUAAACAAAAAAUAAAAAAUAAUGUUCUGAGUGAAAAAGAAAAAUAAAGAAUGAAAGACAAAAGGAAAAAGAAGGACCGCACUUGGGCUGAGGCGGCCCGUUUGGUCUUGGAAAAACAUCCUAACACGCCAAUGACACCAAAGCAGAUAUUACAAGUCAUUCAGAAAGAGGGAUUGAAAGAAAUGAGUGGAACCUCUCCUCUGGCUUGCCUUAACGCCAUGCUACAUACCAAUGCUCGUGUGGAAGAUGGAGCUUUCUGUCGAAUUCCAGGAAAGAUGGGGCUUUAUGCUCUUAAAAAAAAUGAAUUGGUAAUGUCAGCAGAGGGGGUCAUUGAUUUGGAGGGCGAAUCAGAUUUAGACAGCUGUGAAAUGGCUGAGACAAACAACAGUAAUGGAGAGGAAAAUGGAGUGUGUCCAGACCCCAAACUUAUGCCCGAUGACAAUUCUUCUCCAACUAGCACAAGUGUUUCAACUACAGUCGCGCAAAACAAAGUCUUGUCUUCUACUCAACAACAUACUAAAAAAGCACUAAAACAGGCACUGAAGCAGCAACAAAAGCGGAGGAUUGGCGUUUCAAUGAUGAUGAACAAGGCCAUACCUUGUGUCGUAUUGACACCAUUGAAAGUGCCAGAUGAGCACUCAGAAUCACCAGCAGGGUCUGAAUCAAGCAAUAUGGAACUGAAUGGUUCUGAUAAAGAAUUAAAAGAAGGUCCAAGAUUCUCACCAAGUCUCAUUAAAACAACAGAUCCGCAUCUGAAAAGACUCAAAAGAUCCAGCUCAGGGCAAUUAAAACGGACACGAGGAGAGGAAAUUGAUGUUGAGACCCCAGGAUCUAUCCUAGUAAACACCAACCUGCGAGCUCUAAUAAACAAGCACACAUUUGCCUCUCUACCACAUCACUUUCAACAACAGCUCCUGAUUUUACUACCGGAGGUAGAUAGGCAGGUUGGGUGUGAUGGGGUUUCUCGCCUCAGUGCUUCAGCCCUGAAUAAUGAAUUCUUUGCUUACGCAGCACAAGGUUGGAAGGAACGAUUAGCAGAAGGUGAAUUUACUCCAGAAAUGCAGUUACGGAUUCGACAAGAAAUUGAAAAGGAGAAGAAGAUAGAACAAUGGAAAGAAACAUUCUUUGAACAAUAUUAUGGAGAAAAGAUGGGUGUAACACAAGAAGAAGCAAUGAAGCAGGAAUUAGUAAAAGAGUCUUUUGAAAACCAAGUUAGCUGUUUAUUUUCAGCACCACACAUCCUAUCAGGGCCCUGUGAGAUCACAUCUGGUAUUGAGCUUGAAAGCAAAGAAAGUGUUGUGCCUUAUACAGAUCUAAAGCAAACACAAUGCAAUGUACAGCAAAUCCCGGCCAAAGAACCAUCCAAAACUGCUAAAGAGGAGGAUAUACUAAUAUCCUUAUGUUCAGACAUUACCUCAAAUGAAUCUGUUAUUCAGGAAGAGAUAGCAGAAGAAGUUGAACUAAAUAUUUGUGGAAGCUUUGGUGAAAAUAGAUCUCCAGAGUCCAGUGCCUGUGACUUUGAACAGUCUUGCUUGCUGAGCCUUGAUAAGUUGGAACAAGAAAUGCCAGCAGAAGACUUGAAGCCUGUUCCUAUUACACAGAGUAUCAAUGAAUUUGAGUCUCAAUCUGAACACACUGGUGACUUACAGGUGCCUUCUUCUGGGAUAUCUAGCAUUUCUUUACAACACAUUACUUCCACUUCUACACCAUCUCAACUUUCUGGUUCUUUUAAUGAAUCUAACAGUGACUUAUGUGAACUGGCACUGAACACAAGUACCCUGGAACAAUGUAGUGCUUCUGUGUGCUUACAAUCCUCAUCUUAUUGUGAUGAGCUUGAGGCUGUUAUCAAUAUGACCACUUCACCAGAGAGAAAUAUACAAUACACAUCUCAACAACAACAUACCUCUGCAUACUCUGAAACCCCUGUACUGACUGAGCAUUCUGAAACUGAGAGCAAAGAGCCUGAAAAUGAACCAAGGACAUUUCAAUCCAUCUCUCAAUCACCUACACGAACGCCAACACCCUCAGACUUUUCAACAUCAUCUUCAGCAGACGGAAGAAAUGACAACAAAGAUGUUGAGCUACAAAAGAGAAAACCCAUGGAACAGCACAGCCUGGAGAUCUGUCAGGAGAAAAGGCCUAGAAUUGAAAAUGAUCAGCCCUUUCAGACUCUGCCCAGUGGAGCACAAAAUGAAAAAGAGAUCCCCACAAAAGAAGAGCCAAAGGUCCCACCCAUCAAGAUUCACUUAUCAAGAAUCAAACUUCCUUUUGUCAUCAAGAGCCAGCCAUCUUACCAGAUUUGUCCAAAGACAUCCUCCAGUGUUGUACUAGGUGGAGGAAGAAAUACAGGUGCAAGGACCCUUGCAGAUAUCAAGGCCAGAGCACAGCAGGCUAGAGCACAGAGAGAGGCAGCUGCAGCAGCAACAGCUGGUACAGCAGGAAAUGGAGGAACCAGUAAUACAGGAUCAAGUGGAGUACAGACCAGAACAUUGGCAGAUAUUAAAGCACAAACAAAGGCAAAGUUACUGGCAAAGCAUCUUGCAAGAACACAGUUACUGCAUUCAGAUGAACAGCCUUCUUGUAAACAAGACAGGAUUGCAGAGGGGGAUUUGCAGGAUACCAACUUUUCAAAGAGUGAGGAGAUGGUUAAAGCAGAACAUAUCCCUUCCAUAAAUACAUUUAUAACAUGCUGUACUGAAAACACCCCUGUUCUAAAAGUAAAUGACAAUGUCACAAAUAAUGCUAUGUCUUACUCUCCUGAUAAUGCUGCAGUGGCAAACCCUGCUGUCAGUAGUACAGUAUCCAGCUGUGUCAGUAAUGCUACAGUUCUACACUGCACUGACAGUAUUGCAGUGCCAAGCACUGCUCGUCUUGCUCUGACCACCUUUACUGAUAAUAUCACUGCACCCAACUCUAGAGUGGAGGAACAGUAUCCUCACAAUAUUAUUGAACAGAAAUAUGCUAACAACAUAGGUAUGCAAGGAUGUGUUGAUAAUUGUGCUACAUCAAGUUGUGCUAACAAGAAUUUCAUAUCAAGUGGUGCUGCUAAUAACACACUGUGUACUAAUGAAAUUAUUGUCCCAAGUACUAAAAAUGUUAGUAAUAACAUAGUCUCUCCAUAUUCGGUUGGUAUUGUUUCCAAAGCUCACACUGAACAUACAUCCAUACAAUGUUCACCUGAAGUCAUUGUUUUGUCUGAGUAUUGCAUCAGGGCAAGUUCUCCUAAUCAAAGCUCAACUCCAAGCUCUAGUGAUGAUAUGACCAUUCUCAACAGUAAUGAAAAUGAAGUUCAUAACUGUCAUGAUUCUUUUGGGUGUCAGUCUGUUGCUAACACCACAUUGUGCAGCUCUGUUACCAGGACAGGCAUUUCAAGUUUCAAUAAUAGUUUGAAUUUUAUGAGUGAUAUCAAUAUGCCAACCAACUUCAGUGCUGAAACUAUCCCAAGUUCUACAAACCUGUCACUAGAUCUGAAAUCUACUUCAGUACUCGAGGAAAACAACAAUAGCAUUACAAAUGCUGAGCUAUUGAACUCUUUGAAACCUCUUAUCAUUACAGAAGGACCCACUAAUCCUGAUAUUGGUUGCAGUGAAACUAAUUCACAAACCACGCUUAGAAACUACUUUUCAAAUUUCAGUAUAGAUUCCCAGGUUGAAAUGAUUAAAACUGAAAAUGCCUUGAACAAUAAAAUACAUUCUCAGGAAUUUGUCAGUAACUGGCCUGAAUCAGACUAUGAUAAUCAAUUACAAAAUAACAGCAGAAGCAAUUACUGUCAGGUCUUAACAGACCAAGAAAAAGGUAGAUCUCUGCUACCAUCUGAAGACUCACAUGGAACAACAUUCCAACCUGUAAAAACAGACACUAAUGGUCUACAGUUUGAACUUAGUGACCUGCACCAUCAAACCUUUACAGUUAAAAACUCAACAGAUUUAGAAGGAAUAGUUAGUAAUAACCAGCAGCAAAAUACCUCAAGCCAAAGUAAAUCUAGUCAUCUUGUUAAUGAGGAAAAACAAAGUGUGAAUGAACUAAUGAGUAAUGUUAAUGAAAGACACAGUUUGAAUACCCAUAAAGAAUAUGAUGAUGGUCCGGUAAAGAAUGACAAAUUGUACACUUACACAAAUCCUGAAGAAACCACAUGUACCAAAAAAAGAACAUUGGAGUCACUUAGCAUUCGUGCUGAGGCCAAAGCUGAUCAGUCUAGGCUUGAGGAACAAUAUUUGGUCUCUGAAACUAAACUGGGAGAAUAUCCGGAAAAGUGUAAUGCUGUAGAAAAUCACCAUCAAAUCAAUCCAAUGAUCGACAAUUUGCAAGGAAAAGGUUCUAAAGCACCUUUAAGCACAAAUCAGUCUCAGACCUUCACAUUAGCAACUAUUGAAAACCAAGAAAGAACUUCUGCUCCUGGAAGCAAUAAUCGUCAUCUUUCAUCAGUCGAAGCCAAUAACCCUCUUGUGACACAGUUGCUGCAAGGGAAUUUGCCGUUGGAGAAAGUACUGCCUCAGCUUAGAUCAGGUGCCAGGCUUGAAAUUAAUAGACUUCCACUGCCUUCUCAAGGGUGUACUGAAUCCAAAGUGACUACAGCAGAUCGAGAUGUCACCAUUAAUAUUCCUAACUCUCCUCAGGCCUCAACAGGACAUACGUGGGGUACAGUGUGGCAAAUCCAAUGCAAAACCCGUGAUAUGCAUAUAAGCAAGAGACAGGCUAAGUCAGUAGGAGAACAGUCACAAAGUAGGUUUAAUCAAGCAAAGCAGUUCACUGCUGUAGGAGUAAAAAUGUGGGCCGAGGAUCAAUCAGGGGAACAGCAGACGUUAUUUAAACAGGAAUGGAUCAACAAAACUUUUAUUCAGCACAAAGUCACUCAAAGCUCAGUAUUUAAAGAGUGCAAGAGAACUUUGCCUUCAUGCAGUUUUGAGCAGAACUUGUUGACCAGUAAUAACAACAGCAGCAACUUGAAUGUUGCAGACCCUGUCUCACAAAGACAGCACACUCACCAAAAAUCUGUUAUUUUGCAAGGAUUGACUGAUUCUGAAACCUCACUGCAAGCUGCCCUACCAACCACACUGACCUAUGCCACUCCAAAUGCAUUAACAUUCAACCAAGCUCUGGAAAGAAGCAGCCCAGCAUUUAACUCCACGACACAAGUCAAUACAUCAACAGACACAGACGAGGAAAGCACAGAUGCUAUUUUCUCAAAUAGUGUUACAAAUAAGCAAACUGAUAGCAGCUGCAGAGCAAAACAAAGUGUCCAGAAUAAAUCUGUAAAACAUCUUGUGACUCUAAGCGAAUGUAAUGCACCACCUAAUCAAAACCUAGGAUCUAUUACUAUGGAAACCAAUAAAAGACCAAGUUUGCUUUCCACAACUGACACCUGUCGUGCAAUUAAAAUGGAGCAGUUUUGUAUUGAGGGCAUAAACAAUGGCUGUACAGUGGAUGUCAAAGAUAUUUCAAGUCAGUAUCAUGAAACAAAAGAGCACCUAAAGGAUUUUAGACCAACAAUGGACGUAUUUUUAGGCAAAAUAGUAAAUGAAUCUGACUUUUCUUCUCCUUUGCCCUCAGGGUCUGGUAAACCAGUUUCACAGGUUGCUACUUCAAAACUUCUGCACCAACAGCAACUCUACGGCAAUUAUUCUACAUUACAUUUCAGUGGAACUAAUUUAAAACAAGCUGCUUCUGUUAUUGAACAGUCCAUUGGUAGUUUCUUGGGAAGCAGUGGAAAUAGCACUAUUACUUUGUCUAAUCAGAACACUCCCAUUCCAACUCAUAGAUUUUCUGAUAAUGGUGGUGAAGAACUAGAAUUGAAGUGCUCUUGUAGGCUAAAAGCCAUGAUUAUGUGUAAAGGAUGUGGAGCCUUCUGUCACGAUGACUGCAUAGGGCCUUCAAAAUUAUGUGUAGCCUGUUUAGUAGUACGAUAGUGAAUGUAUAAUCAAAAGGAUUAUUUCUACCCAAUGUAUAGCACAGGAGUAGCAAGGUUAUGACUGUAUGUGAU